AUGGAGAUGGCAGGUCGGGACCCGCCCCAGAGAUCUGCAGUGCCAUCCGCAACACUUCACACAAACGGCACUUCCGCCAUGCUCUGGGCCCUACCUCUUCUCGCGCUGGUCAGCGCCCAGACAAUUCCCUCAGUAUCACACUGUCCGUCCGGCUCUCAAGCGGUCUUUCUACUUCAACGCAAUGCCACCGUCGGUAAACAGAUUCGUGCCCUCCCCACAGCGGCUUUUGCCGACUGCUCAGAUCAUUGUGCGGUUUCCAAUGAUUGCGUUGGAGUCGAGUUCAUAAGCGGCAAUUGCAAAGUGUUUGGUGCUGGUAAAGAACAACCAACACCGGGUGCCAAAGUGCUCAUGAAAAAUUGCGUCAAGAGCGAACGAGUGUGCUCGUCACCAUUCCAUUUCGACUUGUUCGAGCAGAAGAUCCUCGUCGGUUUUGCUCGUGAGGUCGUGCCUGCUGAGAACAUCCAGGUCUGCAUGAGCGCCUGUCUCAACUCAUUCGACACUUUCGGGUUCGAAUGCGAAUCGGCAAUGUUCUAUCCGGUUGAUCAGGAAUGUAUUCUGAACACGGAGGAUCGCCUGGACAGACCUGAUCUGUUCGCUGAUGAGGUUGAGGACCAGGUCAUUUACAUGGACAACAACUGUGCUGGAUCUCAGUGCUACGCACCGUACAUCACACAGUACAUCGCAGUUGAGGGUAAGCAGUUAGAGAACGAGCUGGACCGGAUCAUCAACGUCGACGUCGACUCCUGCCAAAGCCUCUGCACUCAACGACUCUCGCUCACGGUCAAUGACUUCAACUGCAAGUCGUUCAUGUACAAUAACGUAUCGCGUACGUGUAUUCUGUCUGAUGAACGAUCAAAGCCACUCGGACGCGGAACGCUCAUCAAGACCGAAGGAUUCACCUAUUACGAGAAGAAGUGCUUCGCAUCGCCGAACACAUGCCGUAAUAUUCCAUCGUUCACUCGUGUUCCACAGAUGAUCCUCGUCGGUUUUGCUGCUUUUGUGAUGGAAAACGUGCCAUCGGUGACGAUGUGCCUCGACCAGUGCACCAACCCCCCACCUGAGACUGGAGACAAUUUCGAAUGCAAGUCAGUGAUGUACUACUACAAUGAGCAGGAGUGUAUUCUGAACGCCGAGACACGCCACUCGAAGCCCGACCUCUUCAUUCCAGAAGGGGACGAGUUCCAAGUUGACUACUUCGAUAUCACCUGUCAUCUGAAGCCUGAAAAGUGCCCUGCAGGAACUCAUCUCAAGGCCGUACGUACCGUCAACGCCGCUCUGCCAGAAGGCGAAGGAGAUCUGCAUGUUCUGAAGGCUGCCGCUAAGGGUGUCAAGGAGUGCAUGAAGAAGUGCUUCGGAACCAGUCCAGAUAAAUGCCGCUCCUUCAACUAUGAUAAGCAGGCUGGUACCUGCAAUCUUCUGUACUUGGACAGCAUGGCCACCCUCCGACCACAAAUCCGUCAAGGCACUGACCUCUACGACUUGCGCUGUCUGGCAGUGGAAGGAGACUGCUCGAUCAACAAGGACGAUGCGCUGUUCUCACGCUACUUGCACACCAAGCAACGUGGUAUCGCCAGCAAAACGUACAAGGUCGUGUCGCUCAACUCCUGUCUCGAAGUCUGUGCCGGAAAUUGCGCUGGAGUAAACUACAAUCGCCGUGUCGGUCAGUGCGACAUCUUUGACGCCAUCGACGGCGAGGCAGAUGUCAACGAACAUGUCGACUUCUACAAGAAUCUCUGUGUCAUCAAGGUGAAACCAUCAAUUCGUGAGCACGAACAACAUCGGCGCAAGCCCGAAGCCACUCUCCCUAUUGGACCACCAGUCUCCAUUCCACCUAAUGCAAUCCACACAAUUUGCAACUACGAAGGCAUUAAGGUCCAAGUGAAUAACGGAGCUUCAUUCAGUGGUGUGAUCUUCGUGAAAAAUAAGUAUGACACAUGCCGAGUUGAGGUGGCAAAUUCAAACUCCGCCACCCUCGUUCUGGGACUACCAAAGGAUUUCGGUAUGCGACCGAUUACACUAGAAGGUCUUGAAGAGACUACUGCAAAUCCUGAAGGCAAGCACCACGAGAAAGCCGAGCGAGUGAAGGACGAACGGGAAGAAUUCCGACAUAAACGCCAGGCAGCUGAGAGCCGCGACUGUGGCCUGAUUGAUAUGCUGAACGGCACAUACAAGACCACAGUGGUCAUCCAAACGAAUAAUCUUGGUAUUCCUGGAUUGGUAACCUCCAUGGACCAGCUGUACGAGGUCUCUUGCGAUUAUUCGAGCAUGCUCGGUGGGAAGGUUCAAGCUGGAUACAACAUGACCGUUCUCGGUCCCGAGCCAAAUCUGAUCCAACCGAGGGGAAAGAUCGAGCUGGGCAAUCCAGUGUUCAUGCAGUUGGUGAGCGGUGACGGAGAACAACCCGUUGUUCAGGCUAAACUAGGCGACAUCUUGGAGCUACGUUGGGAGAUUAUGGCAAUGGAUGACGAGCUUGACUUCUUUGUCAAGGACUGCUUCGCCGAACCUGGCGUAGGAGCUAAGGCCGAGGAGAAGCUGCAGCUGAUCCAAGGAGGAUGUCCAACGCCGGCUGUCGCUCAGAAACUCAUUCCCGGUCCAAUUGAAGUGCAGUCAUCGUCGGUGAAGGUCGCUCGAAUGCAGGCAUUCCGCUUCGACUCGUCCAGUUCCAUCAGAGUCACCUGCGAGCUUGACAUUUGCAAAGGAGACUGCACGCCGGUCGAGUGUGGAUUGACCGAAGGACAACGGCAAUCGUGGGGACGUAAGAAGAGAGAAUCAGACAACUCCGUUCAGGAGUAUGAGACAGCACGAUACAGAGUGCCCAAACAUGCCCGAGCAACCACAUCUAUUGUGAUUAUCGAUCCGCUGCAACAAGUUCAAGAGCCAGUCAGUUUGGCGCGUGCGUCAGCAAUCGAUUUCAUGCGUGAAGAAGCUGAAGAGAUGCCGGUGUCGACCGCUGGACAGAUGUGCCUGGCCAAGCCAACCCUGGUGGCUGUGUUCGGUCUGCUCCUGACGUUAACUUCUGUACAAGCGAUCGUCGUCAUACAGUAUCUCACCGCUGGACAGAUGUGCCUGGCCAAGCCAACCCUGGUGGCUGUGUUCGGUCUGCUCCUGACGUUAACUUCUGUACAAGCGAUCGUCGUCAUACAGUAUCUCGUGAGGCGACUGUAUCGUUCUACAAAAUUCUAA